AUGGUUGUUAUCGAUGAAUUUUCUGAAGGAUCUUCAUCUUCUUCAUUAACUCAAGCUCAUAGAUAUGAUGUAUUUAUAAGUUUCAGAGGUGUUGACACUUGUCAUAGUUUCACUAAUCACCUUUAUAAUGCCCUCAUCCAUGCCAACAUCACUACCUUCUUAGAUGAUGAAGAGAUUGAAACAGGGGAAGAUCUGAAACCAGAAUUAGAGAGUGCCAUUAAAGCAUCCAGGGCUUCUGUUAUUGUGUUGUCAAAAAAUUAUGCUACUUCCACUUGGUGUCUUGAUGAACUGGUGUUGAUCCUUGAGCAGCGUAUGAAAUCCAGUCAUGUUGUAAUCCCCAUCUUUUAUCAUGUUGAGCCCACCCAUGUCAGGAAGCAACAAAGUAGCUUCGGAGAUGCAAUGGAUGAACAUAGACAGAGGAUGGAGGCAGAGACAAAUCCAAAUAAAAGAAGUAAAUUAGCUCAAAAGAUAGAUAGGUGGAAUAAAGCGCUUAUAGAAGUUGCUGAUUUAAAAGGGAAGGAUAUUAAGGACAGGCUAGAGGUGGAGUUUAUUGAUGAAAUUGUCAAAGACAUCUUCCGUAAUCUACGUAUAUCCUCAAGGUUUGAACUUCCACAACUUAUUGGGAUGGAAGAUUCCAUUAACUUCGUCACUUCAUGGCUGAAAGAUGCAUCAUCACAUACAACAGAUAUACUCACUAUUUUGGGUAUGGGUGGGAUGGGGAAGACCUCUUUAGCCAAAUAUGUCUAUUCGUUACAUUCGCAUGAAUUUGACACAAGCAGCUUUGUUGAAGGUAUCAGUAGGAAAUGUGAUGAAAAAUCUAACGGGAUGCUUGAUAUACAAAAACAACUUUGUGAUGACAUUUCAAAACCAAAUUCAGUUCAAGUUCUUGAUGACUCCAUAUACACCUCAAUGAUAGAGACUGCAGUAGCCCGUAAGAAAGUGUUUCUGGUUCUAGAUGAUAUUAGUACUCUUAAUCAAUUAGAUGCUUUACUUGGAACCAAAGGCUUAUCUUUGAUUGAUUCACAAAAGUUAUUGUGUUUUCAUGCAUUCAUGUGCAACGAUCCCAAGGCAAGUUAUGAAGAGGUGUCAGACAAACUUGUGAAGUAUUGUGAAGGACAUCCAAUGGCGCUUAAAGUUUUGGGUAGGUCUCUAUAUAAUCGGGAUGUAACUUAUUGGGUCGGGUACAUAUACAGGCUAAAGAAAGAAAGUGAUUCUCCUAUAAAUAAUGUCUUGAGAAUGAGUUUUGACUCUUUGUCAUCAAAAAAUGACAAGGGCUUGUUUAAGCAUAUUGCUUGUAUUUUUGUUGGAAUGGAUAUAAAUGAUACUGUAACAAUAUUAGAGGCAUGUGAUAUAGAAACAAAAACCGGUAUCACGAAUCUCGUUGACAAAUGCCUUCUUAGUAUCGGAUGGAAUAAUGAAUUGAUGAUGCAUGAGUUGAUUAAAGAAAUGGGAAGAUUUUUGGUACGUGAGGAAUCACUUUACAAGCCAUGGGAACGAAGUCGAAUAUGGGGCCAUGAGUCAUUGAGAGUGUUGAAACAAAACAAGGGUACGGAAAAUGUUCUAGGUCUCACCCUUGACAUGAGAAUGGUUGAGAAAGAGAAGUUACAUGGAUCACUUGAGUUGAAAACAGAUGCACCGAGUAAGAUGGAUAGGCUAAUGCUGUUACAACUCAAUUAUGUGCAAAUAACCGGCUCUUACAAGAAUUUUCCAAAAGAGUUAAGAUGGUUGUGUAUGCAUGGGUUCCCUUUGAAGUCUUUACCUUCAGACUUAUUGAUGGAGAAUCUUGUUUCUCUUGACCUGUCUUAUAGCAAUAUUGAAUCAUUUAUUGGUUGUUAUAGCUAUCCACAACGACUUCAUAAGAGGCUAAAGCAAUUGAUUGGAUCGUGCUCAAAAGACAAAAGGUUGCUUGGAUCGUUGAAGAUUCUUAAUUUAAGUUUUUGUGAACAACUUCGUAGUCUUGGUGGCUUUGACCACCUACCUAAACUUGAGAGGUUAAUACUUAGAGGUUGCAGUGGUUUGCUUGACGUUUGUGAAUCAAUUGAGCAGUGCUUAGAACUUGUCCACAUUGAUCUGAGCUACUGCAACAAGGUUGUAAAACUUCCAAGAAGCUUAGGCAUGUUAAAGAAAGUUAAAACACUAUUGCUAAACGGUUGUUAUCUCUGUGAAUCUCGAAUCAAGAUUAGGGACAUGGAUUCAUUGGAAUUGCUCAAGGCUAACAACAUUGGCAUAAACACAAUAACGUCUUCCAACGUCGUUCUAGGUGUUAUGCCAAGUUAUUCAAAGUUCUUUAUAGUUUCUUUACCUAGAUCUUUAGUAAGCUUGUCACUUGUGAAUAAUAAUUUGUCCGUCGAAUCCUUUCCAAUGGACUUUAAUUGCCCAUCCAUGUUAAAGGCAUUAUAUCUAGAUGAAAAUCCUAUCGUUUCCCUCCCGAGUUGUGAGAAGCCUUCCUAGGCUUAAGGUACUUACUAUGG